AUGCACUUUCCUCAGAUCUUCAUUGCUUCAACGGCACUAUACAGCUUGGCUCUGGCCCAGCCUGUGACAUUGAUCGACGACAUCAAAGGAAAAGCCACUUUCACCCUCAAUCAGAUCCUCAACACUAACGUAACAGCCAAACCUCCUGCCCAAAAGCUCCUAAAUGUAUACGCAAAGUAUGCAAAAGCAGGAGCAUCAGCACCAACCGCUGUCAGAAAAGCAGCAGCUUUAGCAAUGGCAUCAGGCUCAGUCGCCAACAAGCCAGAACCCAGCGAUACCAUGUAUCUCUGCCCUGUCACUGUGGGAGGCAAGACCUUGAACCUGGACUUUGAUACCGGCAGCUCAGAUCUCUGGGUCUACUCGAGCUUGCAGCCUUCCGCUCAACGCUCUGGACACGACUACUACAGCCCUAACAACGCAAACAUCAUGUCCGGCCAGUCUUGGAAUAUCGUCUACGGCGACGGCACAGGCGCAAGCGGUAAAGUCUACGCCGACAAAGUGGUCGUCGGCAGCGUAACCGCAACCUCUCAAGCAGUGGAGGCCGCAACCUCCGUCUCCUCAGGCCUGACCUCGCAACAAGACAGCGAUGGCAUCCUGGGCCUAGCAAUGAGUUCCCUGAACACCGUGUCUCCAAACAAACAAACCACUUUCUUCGAUACCGUGCGUCCUCACCUGGCCAAACAAGUCUUUACCGCAGACUUGAGACACGGCGCACCGGGCAGCUACGGCUUUGGCUAUAUCGACAGUACAAAGUAUACAGGCAGCAUCACCUACGUAAACCUAAACUCCAACAAUGGAUUCUGGCAAUUUAACGCUGGAGGCUACGCAAUCGGCAGCGGUGCCAAAGUUUCAAAGACCAUCUCUUGCGUCGCUGACACCGGUACCACUUUGAUGCUCUUGCCUUCCGACGUCGUCUCUGCCUACUACGCUCAAGUCAAAGGCGCAACCUACUCCUCCUACGAAAGCGCCUGGAUUUUUCCCUGCAAUGCCGCCAUGCCAACUUUCAACGCCGUCAUCGGAGGCAACAAGUUUGCAGUCCCUGGCUCCUACAUCAACUUUGCAAACCUAGGCAACAACUGGUGUUAUGGAGGUAUGCAGAACGAUACUGGAAUUGGUUUCUGCAUCUUGGGAGAUAUAUUCAUGAAAAGCCAGUUUGUGGUCUUCUCGCAAAUGUCGUCCACACCGCAGUUGGGCUUUGCUGCUAAGAAUCUGUCAUGA